GACUUAGCAGAUUGACACAACACUAUGCUGAAGAGAGAAAGAAUUCUGAAGGUCUAGGGUAAUUGUAGACGUGGUCGGAGUUCAAUGGUGAGCUAAAGUGUUACGGCUACGUGAUUGCUACGUUGUAUCCAUAUUGCAACUGUGUGGUCCAGAUAACGGCCCAGAAUUGUUUGCGUUCUUCAUAGAGGUUACUCUUCCGAUGACGACUGACGUGAAUGCGAUGGCCAAUCGAGCACCAACCGAGCACCUAUGGAGCUGAAUCAGAGACGAUCAACAUAACUCACUUUCUCUGCUUUCUACACUAACGAUUGCUCCAACACUCCUCAUGUUUCAACGCUUUUUCCAGAAGCCGGCAAAAGGUCAUCAAGGUUCAGAAGCGAAUGACGAUGAUGCCCUCCUAUCUGAGGCUGACAUCGUGACAUCGAGGUUCGCACGAAAACGUCGUCGAAGGCAUGAUUCUGAGGCCAAAAUCGCCGUAAAAACUACGUUUAUCUGUUCAGCGAUAUAUCUGAGUAUCACAAUAUUGGUCUGUUUGGUUUUGAAAGAUGCGCAAUUUGUUGACGAUAUCGACGUUGCCUGCUUGAAUCACGUAUCAAGUUACUCGCCAAUUGUCAAAGAAGUCAAACCAGGUUGGCACGUUCGACAGUAUAAUGGAUCAUUCUUGCAUGAAACUGUUUAUAGACAGGCAGCUGGGCCAGAAGUGGAUGCUGCUUGGGCGGCACUAGGAGCUGAUUAUCGGAGCGUUGUUAUCCCAGCGAGUGAGGCGGAGAAGACCGGAAUUCGAUCAGAUCAGGUCAAGAUCAGCCAGAUCUAUGGAGGUGGCUUCCCCGCCAAUGUGGAAGGAUUGCAUCACAUACAUUGCUUGAAUCUUCUUCGGAAAGCAUUAUGGUGGAACUACGAAUAUUAUCGCGACAAGAAAGAGGGUGCUUUCUCGAAUACUGAGUAUAUCGUACGCUACCAUGUUACGCACUGCUUGGAUAUCCUCAGACAGCAGUUGAUGUGCGUCACGGACGUUGGCGUUCUUGGCCAAGUAUGGUGGCAGGCAAAAGAUAUGGCAAAGCCAUUGCCAUUUGUUGACUUCAAUACGCGGCAUAAGUGCCGUGACUUCGAGGCCAUUCGAAAGUGGGCAGAGGAACGCCAGUUGCCCCCAGAGUCAGAUGUUGACAUGUCGCUCUUCUACGAGCAACCAGCGCCGGGUGAUAGAGUACUGCCAGCGAUCCCUUGA